AAAUAAAUAAAUAUUAUUAAAUGAAAUAUUGAUUUAACAAUAUUAACGGGCCGAAUCCAACAAGGCCCGAUCUUAAUUUGGGCCUACAUGCAACAACAUAUAAUUAUUUUGGCCCACCAACAGUAAAAAGAAAAUGGCGAUGUUGACGAAUUUUAGUUGUAAUAAUCGCCGCCGUGUGCCGAAUUCCUCCGCCACCCAAUCAAAUCCAAAGCAGGCCUCUCUAUGCAUAUGGAGUCGAGCAUAAAGCAGCAGUGUACAAUGAAAAAUGCGUAUCUCUUCAUCCGAGUGAAAGAUGGUCAAAGCUAUAAGGAUCCAUGAACUCGGUGGCCCUGAGGUCAUGAAAUGGGAGGAUGUGGAAAUAGGGGAGCCAAAGGAUGGAGAGAUCAAAGUUAAAAAUAAGGCCAUCGGAUUGAAUUUCGUCGAUAUUUAUUUCCGAAAAGGGGUUUACAAGAAUCCAACAAUACCCUACACACCAGGUGUCGAGGCUGUAGGUGUGGUCACUGCCGUGGGUCCCGGACUUACUGGAAUUAAAGUCGGAGACCUCGUUGCUCAUGCUGGUACACCAACGGGUGCAUAUGCAGAAGAGCAAAUUGUUCCUGCCGAAAAACUUGUGCCUGUGCCUUCUUCUAUUGACCCCGUUAUCGCAGCUUGUGUCAUGGUCAAGGGGAGAACUGCUCAGUAUCUCGUUCGCAAAUGUUUCAAAGUAGAACAAGGGCACACUGUCCUUAUUCAUGCAGCAGCAGGUGGGGUCGGUUCUCUAUUAUGCCAAUGGGCUAAUUUCCUCGGUGCCACAGUUAUAGGAACUGUCUCAACAAAAGACAAGGCAGCUCAAGCCAAAGCCGAUGGUUGUCACCAUGUCAUACUGUACAAGGAAGAAGACUUCAUUGCACGUGUAGACGAAAUAACAUCUGGUAAAGGAGUCGAAGUUGUCUACGAUUCUGUCGGAAAGGACACUUUUGAGGGAUCAUUGGCUUGUUUGAAAGUACGAGGAUGUAUGGUGACUUUCGGAGAGUCGUCUGGUGCGCCUGAUCCAGUUCCUCUGUCAGCUCUUGCUGCGAAAUCGCUGUUCUUGACUAGGCCUUCUUUGAGGGGUUACACUUGUACUAGAGAUGAACUCUUGCAAACUGCGUCCGAGGUUUUUGACAAUGUUGUUUCUGGUGUAAUAAGGUUCCGUGUGAAUCGUACUUACCCGUUAUCUCAGGCAGCACAAGCGCAUGCAGAUCUUGAGAAUAGAAGAACCGUGGGGUCCGUUGUGCUCGUACCCGACAGUUGUUAGAUCGGGUAAAAGUAAUGUUAAUUAUUCGAUGAGCCGGGAGAAAAAGACGAUGCUCGAUUUAAGGAUCGAUGAUAUGCCUCAUGGAGCUAGUGAAAACAAGGAGUAAUUAAAUUGUUGUUCACUUAUAUGUUAAAUUGUUUUGUUUCUAUCGAAUUGGUGUAAAUGAAUUGAGUUAAGUCAAAUGUAUGGUUGUUGAACUUAUUUGAAUUUUCAUCGAGUUUUAAGGUUUUGUUUAAGCUUGA